UUUUUUAUGUUGUAUCUCAUCUCUUCAGAGUACUACAGUAGACUGUAAAAUAACAUCAGCAGCGGCUGGAGAUAAAAACUUUGACAAAAGCCCAACAAAAACAAGGCAACCUCGAAAAGUUGAUUUGAGAGCUCGAUAUUGGGCAUUUCUUUUUGACAAUCUUAGACGAGCAGUUGAUGAAAUCUAUGUUACUUGUGAGUCGGAUCAGAGCGUAGUAGAAUGCAAGGAGGUUCUAAUGAUGCUAGAUAACUAUGUAAGAGAUUUCAAGGCAUUGAUUGACUGGAUACAGCUACAGGAAAAGCUAGAGAAGGCUGAUGCUCAAAGCAGACCUACUUCAUUGGCCUGGGAAGUAAAGAAGAUGUCUCCAGGACGCCAUGUAAUACCAAGUCCAUCAACAGAUAGAAUCAGCGUAACAUCAAAUGCUCGAAGAAGUUUAAAUUUUGGGAAUCCAUCUGUGACAAUUGCUACCACUCGUCUGGCUCCUUCAGGUGUAAGUUGGGCUGAUAAGGUGAAAGCUAACCAUGGAGCUAAAGCUGCCACUCCACAGCUAGCAUCUACACAAACCUGCAUGCCAGCACCAGUGCAGAAGUCAUCACGGAGAAAUGAACGGAAGGAUGCAGAAGGAUGGGAAACAGUUCAGCGUGGAAGGCCUGUUCGAUCUCGAUCUACAGCUGUAGCAACAAAAACUCCUGUAGCUGCAGAAUUGCUAAGAGCUAAAGAUGACAGUGACAAAGAAAAUGUAGUCUUCAGACAAUCAGAAAGUAAACAGAAGAAUUCAUUCGAUGGAGAUAGUGCAUCCAAAAAUACAGAACCUCUGCAGAAAGAUUCUUUAUAUCUGAGUGAGCAUCCUCUUGCUGAAAGGACUCAGUUCACAGCACACACACUAGAAGAUACCAGAAACACUGGCAAUGUGGUUUUACAAGACAGUUCUUGCUUACAAACACCUGAAAUGCCGGCAGUUGUCAUAGACACUGAACAUACUUCAGAAAGUCUACAGAUUGAUGAAUCUCCCUCCCUGAACUCUGGUAGUAAAGAACCGCAUGAAGCAUUAAAAAACAAGAUAGAAAGUGAAAUGGACCCCUCAGACAUUUCAAAUGUGAGUGCUGCCAGAUUGUCUAUGGCAGAAGUCCUUGCUAAAAAAGAAGAGUUAGCAGAUCGCCUGGAAAAGGCCAAUGAAGAAGCAAUAGCUAGUGCCAUUGCAGAAGAAGAGCAGUUAACUAGAGAAAUUGAAGCAGAAGAAAACAAUGACAUUAACAUUGAGACUGACAAUGACAGUGAUUUUUCUGCUAGCAUGGGCAGUGGAAGUAUAUCUUUCUGUGGCAUGUCUAUGGACUGGAAUGAUGUCCUGGCAGAUUAUGAAGCUCGUGAAUCAUGGCGUCAGAAUAAUUCAUGGGGUGAUAUAGUGGAAGAAGAACCUGCGCGUCCACCAGGCCAUGGAAUACAUAUGCAUGAGAAACUCUCUUCACCAUCUCGCAAAAGAACAAUAGCAGAAUCUAAAAAGAAACAUGAGGAGAAACAGAUGAAAGCUCAACAGCUGAGAGAAAAGUUACGUGAAGAGAAAACGCUAAAGCUUCAAAAACUGAUGGAGCGGGAGAAAGAUGUGCGAAAGUGGAAAGAAGAAUUACUGGACCAGAGACGCAGGAUGAUGGAGGAAAAAUUACUCCAUGCUGAAUUUAAACGUGAAGUGCAGUUACAAGCAAUUGUGAAAAAAGCACAAGAGGAAGAAGCAAAGGUAAAUGAAAUUGCAUUUAUAAACACCUUAGAAGCCCAAAAUAAACGUCAUGAUGUGUUGUCCAAACUAAAAGAGUAUGAACAAAGACUAAAUGAAUUACAGGAAGAACGCCAACGGAGGCAGGAAGAAAAGCAAGCACGUGAUGAAGCUGUUCAGGAGCGUAAAAGAGCUUUGGAAGCAGAACGCCAAGCCCGGGUUGAAGAGCUGCUGAUGAAAAGGAAAGAACAAGAAGCUCGGAUUGAACAGCAGCGGCAGGAGAAAGAGAAAGCACGGGAAGAUGCGGCACGGGAAAGGGCCAGGUAUUUGGUUAAAUCAGUACAAUUUUCUCAUGUAGACGAGCCCAAAGACAUUGUGUUAGAAUCAAAAGAAGAUAUCAUCUCAGAUGGUGUUAUUCAGCAAUGGACAUUUAAAUUAAAGGAGCACCUGUCACUGAAGAAGUACAUUGUUGAUAUUGUGAUUGAAAGCUCUGUUCCAGUAGAACCUUUAAAAGAUGGAGAGGAGAAGCAAAAAACUAAAAAGAAGGCAAAGAAGCUAAAGGCACGGAUGAACUCCAGGGCUAAAGAAUAUGAAAGUUUAAUGGAAGCAAAAAAUGCCACCUCUGAAUCACCAUACAAAGCAAAGUUGCAGCGAUUAGCAAAAGAUCUUCUAAAGCAGUUCCAAGUACAGGAUAGCAGUUCAUUGGCAAACAACAAGGUUUCUGCUCUGGACAGGACUUUAGGAGAGAUUUCUCGUAUUCUGGAAAAAGAGAAUGCGGCAGAUCAAAUAGCAUUCCGGGUUGCAGGAGGACUCACAGCCCUUGAACACAUUCUUCAAGUAGUGAUUUCAUCCACGAAUCUGAAUGCAGUUUUACGGAUUCCUCCCAAGUCACUCUGCAAUACCGUAAAUGUUUACAACCUGGCCUGCAGUAAUUGCACAGAAAACUGCACCUAUGUUCUGUUUAGUAAUAAGAUCACUUUUUUAAUGGACCUGUUGAUGCAUCAGUUAACGGUUUGUGUUCCAGAUGAAUAUAAUGCAACAUUGGGAAGAAGUGCAAAUAAGCAAGUAUUUGAAGGUUUAACAACUGGACUUCUCAGAAUCAUUGCUGUGGUCUUUGGGUGUCUGAUCUCCAGUCUACCAGAUGUAAACAAUCAGCCCACUGCACCUAAAAUAAUACAGGAAGUGAAAAACAAGCCCUCAAAAGUUGAGGCCUUUAACAGCAGGGUUCAGGACCUGAUCAGUUAUGUGGUGAAUAUAGGAUUGAUAGACAAGUUAUGCUGCUGUUUCCUCUCCGUCCAAGGUCCUGUUGAUGACAAUUCAAAAAUAGCUACUUUUCUGCAAAAUGCUACAGCAGUGUUACAUGGAAUGUGUCAGCUCUGUUUUGCUGUCAGUGGAAAGUCUUGGCCCGUAUUUGACAAUACACAUCAGGAUCCCACAGGGCUAACUUCAGUUCUUCGGACUACAGAUCUAGUUGGAGUCUUGCAUAUGCUGUACUGUAUUCUUUUCCAUGGUACAAUCUCAGAUCCAAACAUGGCAAGUCCUAAAGAGAGUUAUACAGAGAACACGAUCCAGGUUGCUAUUCAGAGUUUACGCUUCUUCAAUAGCUUCGCAGUUCUUGAUCUGCCAGCUUUUCAGUCUAUUGUAGGUGCUGAGGGACUUUCUCUUGCAUUCCGUCAUAUUAUCAGCUCUUUGCUGUGGUACUGUUCUCAGCAUACCUGUGAAGGACUGCUACAUGAAGUCAUUGUUUGUGUUGGGUAUUUUACUGUCAACCAUCCAGAUAAUCAGGUAAUUGUACAAUCUGGCCGUCACCCCACAGUGCUGCAAAAACUAUGCCAGUUGCCUUUCCAGUAUUUCAGUGAUCCUCGCCUAAUCAAAGUGCUCUUCCCUACGCUAAUAGCUGCUUGUUACAAUAACCCUCAGAACAAGAUCAUUCUGGAGCAGGAGAUGAGUUGUGUUUUACUUGCCACAUUCAUUCAGGAUUUCACACAGAAUUCAGGCCAAACAGAUAACCAGUCUUCUCAACAAAAGGCAGAAAAAUUCUUCACUUCCCAAGAUUAUCUUGAGCUGUCUAACAGAUUCCCUUGCCAGGCCUGGGAAGAAGCACGACAGUUUUUCUUGAAAAAAGAGAAAAAAUAAGUGUUUCAUUCUGUUUCCAUUUUUAAAACAUCUAACAUGUUAAUGUUAAGCAAUUUGUGCUAAUUACAUACUUUAAGAAACUGUUUUGGAAACUUCUAGAUAUAUAUAAUUUGCACUAUUUAUGUCUUAAGUAUUGUAGAUACUUUAAAGCUCUGUUUUUUAAUUUUGAAAAUUGUUUAUUUCAUUUACAUACUACAUCAUGGCUUUGGUAGCUUCUACCCUAUGAUGUGUACUUCUUGCACUGUAAAACUGCUGAAAUUAGGUUACAAAUAUAGAAAAUGUUAUCUUCUAUAUAUCUUGUAAUAAAAUAACUUAUUCUGU